UCUCAUUGUCAUCUAUACUAUUUUGUAACUUCGCCAUAAUGGCUGGUACAGAAACCAUGAAAACCACCAACACCAACACCAACACCACCAAAUCAUCACCACAACUAAACAAAUCAAUUUCAAGAAAAUUUGUGGGUGUAAGACAAAGACCAUCGGGAAGAUGGGUUGCUGAGAUCAAGGACUCAUCUCAACGUGUAAGAUUAUGGCUAGGAACAUAUGAUACUCCUGAAGAAGCUGCUCGUGCCUACGAUGAAGCUGCUCGAGCCUUACGUGGGGAAAAUGCACGAACAAAUUUUGCUUCUACUCUCUCAAAUCCCAACUCAGAUCAUGAUCAAUCAAUAAAUAUGUUGCAAUCAAAUGAUAGCAAACAUGGUCUCAGUUUUUCUUCGCUAAAAGCUAAACUAAGCAAGAAUUUACACAACAUCAUGGCUCGGAACUCAGAAAAUAAGUUGUCAUCAUCCAAGAAUAGAGUAAGUGACCAUUUCACAUUUGCUAGAAUUUUCCACUUCAAGAACAAUUAUCACCAAUACCAAAGUCAGCAUAUGGACAUGAAAAAAAUAGAGAAAGUUGUGCAGCCAAGUAUUAGAGUACUUCCACAGGUAACUGAUAAUAACAAUAAUAAUGAUCUAUCAUCUUGGGAAAAUUCAAGUGUGUCGGAUUGUAGCAGUGAAUGGACUGCUUUUAGACAACUUGGGCUGGACUCAGAUAAUGGAUCAUCAGAUGCAAGUGAAUAUUUUCUUGGAUCAGAUCCAAUGGCAGGGUGGGUUAGUAGUCCAGAUAUUAUGAGCAGUAGCAGUGAAGGAUCAAGAAGCAAGAGGUUUAAGGUUUCUUCUUCUGUAAUGGUUCCUCCUACUUUUAGUGAAUCUCCCUUACAUGGUGAUAAUUACUAGGUUUGAUUUUCUUUUGUUUUUGGUCUUUUGCUUUUGAUGUAUUUUUAGACUAAUCAAGGGUUGGAUCUUUAAGAGAUCACCUGUAGUGAGUGCAACAGGCUUUCUUUCCUAAGAGUGAGAAGCCAAAAAAAUAGUUUUACUGUUUUCUAGUGACUGUAAGUUUUAAUUUGAAAGCUUGUACAGUGAAGAAGUUAGAAAAAAAAAAGGAACCCCACAAA